UACCCGGAAGUUUUUGUACGCUAUCACGUGACUGGAAGUAUAUUAUAUUCGGCGACUGGUUUCACUUUUGACAGAUGGCUAACAAAGCUCUCCAAUUUGCCCCCUUCAGCAGUUUUCUCGAUGCAGGAUUUUGGCACAAACUGUCAGAUAACAAGUUAAAUAUUUAUGGACUCGACGAAUCACCGAAACCUAUACAUGGAUUUUAUUUCAAUGGUGAUCCUGUUGGUGUACCAUGCCGUAUGAAUGUGGAGUAUACUGCCUUUGACGAAAUUUCCAAAACCCCAACCAGAUGUUUCAAGACUGUAGGAACACUGCACAAUACAAAUACAAUUGACAGUUUCAAAGAAUGUGACAAAAAAAGUCUCCUGGAGCAAUCAGGCAAACAGAUAUGGGAAGACAUUGUCAGUGGGAAGGCCGUGGAAGAUCCGACCCUGUUGUCACGAUUUCUACUCCUUACAUAUGCAGACCUGAAAAAAUACGUCUAUUACUACUGGUUUGCAUUUCCAUGUCUUUGUCCACCACUUGACAUUUCCAUGGUAACGACACCAGUGACCUUGGAUAAAGCAUUUUCUGCAGAACAGAUCAAACUCCUGGAAUCUUCUUAUGAUAGGUUUCAGUCAUCAUGUUCCUCAUUUGUCGGUUACUUCCUUAUUACCAUGGAUACAGAGGUCCAAGUUCAAGAGGUCAAAUGUAUGGAUAAACAUUUAGCUGAUUCCAAAAAGGUGACAUUUGGUUUUGCUGACCCAUGUACAUUGGACGGCCAUCCGGGCUGGCCUCUCAGGAAUUACCUAGCUCUUAUUGCCCAAAAAUGGGGAGAUAACCUCAGUGAAAUCCAGGUGUUAUGUUUCCGAGAUCGCAGUAAAGAUGGAGUUAGAAACAUAACCAGCAGUCUCGUAUUUACCGUGAAGUUUACAUCCAUGAAAGAAUUGACAGAAUGUCCUAAAUGUGUGGGAUGGGAGAAAAACGAACGACAAAAGCUAGGACCUAGGAUCGUCAAUCUAAGCUCCAGCAUGGACCCAUCUAAGCUUGCAGCAUCAGCAGUAGACCUCAAUCUGAAGUUGAUGAGGUGGAGACUCCUGCCAGAACUUGACCUUGACCAAAUCUCAAAGACAAAAUGUCUACUACUUGGGGCUGGAACUCUGGGGUGCAAUGUUGCAAGAUGUCUGUUGGGAUGGGGAGUAAGGAAGAUAACUCUGGUCGACAAUGGUACGGUGUCCUACUCCAAUCCUGUGAGACAGAGCCUGUUUGUGUUUGAAGACUGUAUGCAGGGGGGCAGGCCGAAGGCUGAGGCAGCAGCUCUGUCUUUACAGAAAAUAUUCCCAGGAGUUGAUGCUCAGGGAAUUUCUAUGUCGAUUCCGAUGCCAGGCCAUCCUGUUUCAGGAGGGGCCUUAGAAGGCACUAAGAAGGAUGUCCAACAACUGGAAGAUCUAAUAAAAUCUCAUGAUGCAGUGUUCCUCCUCCUGGAUACCAGAGAGAGUCGUUGGUUACCAACUGUCAUGGCUGCUGCUCAUAAGAAGAUAGUGAUUUGUGCGGCUCUGGGUUUUGACACAUUCCUGGUAAUGAGACACGGCCUGAAAUCUGACACGGAGGGCAACACUCCCUCUGAGGUAGAGCCACUCUCUAGUUACAUGAUCAUUCCCGGAGACAAACUUGGAUGCUACUUCUGUAAUGAUGUUGUCGCUCCAGGAAAUUCAACAAGGGACCGAACUCUGGAUCAGCAGUGUACUGUGUCUCGUCCAGGGAUGAGUUACUUAGCCAGUGCAUUGGCUGUGGAGCUGCUUGUCUCACUAGUACAGCAUCCCCUGGGUGGGAAAGCUGAAGCAGACACGAGUGCUAAAGAUGAACAUCUCACCAAAGAUCUGUCGUGUUCUCUGGGAUUAGUACCUCACCAGAUCCGUUGUUUCCUGUCUAGGUAUAAUCAGCUACUACCAGCAUGUAGAGCGUUUGACAAAUGUAGCGCCUGCUCCAAUACGGUUGUGAAUGCUUACAAGAAGGAUGGUAUAGAAUUUCUGCUCCGGGUAUUUAAUGAGCCGAGCAGUUACCUAGAGGACAUCACUGGUCUCACACAGAUGCACCAGGAAACCCUCGACACAGAGAUUCUGGAUUUCAGUGAUGACGAUGACAGUUUUAUGGACAUGUCAUGACAAAAGCCAUUCAUCAACAGAAGAUAAUUAUCCAAUCUAUACUCUAGAGAGGUACAAAAUCAGAUGGGACUCUAGGAUCAAUCGUUAGGUGUUUUAUACAACAUCAGAUGGUAGGACCAAUCAGUAGAGCUGUUUUAUACAACAUCAGAUGGGAAGACCAAUCAGUAGAGCUGUUUUAUACAACAUCAGAUUGGAAGACCAAUCAGUAGAGGUGUUUUAUACAACAUCAGAUGGGAGGACCAAUCAAUAGAGGUGUUUUAUACAACAUCAGAUAGGAGGGCCAAUCAGUAGAGGUGUUUUAUACGUCAGAUUGGAGGGCCAAUCAUUAGAGGUGUUUUAUACAACAUCAGAUUGGAGGGCCAAUCAUUAGAGGUGUUUUAUACAAUGUCAGAUUGGAGGGCCAAUCAUUAGAGGUGUUUUAUACAACGUCAGAUUGGAGGGCCAAUCAUUAGAGGUGUUUUAUACAACGUCAGAUUGGAGGACCAAUCAAUAGAGGUGUUUUAUACAACGUCAGAUGGGAAGACCAUUCAAUAGAGGUGUUUUAUACAACAUCAGAUGGGAGGCCAAUCCUUUGAGGUGUUUUAUACAACAUCAGAUGGGAGGACCAUUCAAUAGAGGUGUUUUAUACAACAUCAGAUUGGACGACCAAUCAAUAGAGGUGUUUUAUACAACAUCAAUGGGGAGAACCAAUCAACAGGGAUGUUUUAUCAGACUGUUGGGACAUUGAAGAUGUAACUCUGGUGGACCAAAUGUGGCUCCAAUAUUGUGAUAUUGAUUGUGACAUUACCUAUAGCUAUACUAUUUUAAUUUUUAAAUUCAAGUCAGGUUGAGCACAUAUCAUUACAAGCAACACAACUGUUUUGUCUAAUGUAUUGACUUCAAGAUUAUCAAUCCAGAUUUGCAUAAAUCUUCAGGUUCAGAAGUAUAUAAAGAUACCAAAUCCAUAGAUAUACCGUGCUGAAUAACAGCUGAAUACUAUAAUGUCAGUUCUAAUGUUAGGUUACUGUGAAAGUGGAAAAUAGCUUCAAUUUAUCAGUGUGAAACUGUCUAGUGUUUGCAGCAAUAUCUUUAUUAGUUUGUCAGUGUUCACCUGUAUGCCUAUUUAUGAUUUAACAAAAAAAAAAACUUUUCAAAAAUUUGAUAAGUCAUACCAGUGUUGUGAAAACUAUUAGCAAAUAUCUACUUGAUAGGGAUGGUAGGUGAUGCUUUGAUGUAAAUGUCUUACAAAUCUUUGUCAAAUUGUCUACUCUUAUACCUCACUAAAGUCUGGAAACUGUCGUUGUGCUAUAUAAUAAAAAUUGUCAUUUGA